AUGUGGGCAGCCAAGAAUGGUAACGGUACUACAAAUUAUGCCAUUGUUGGUGAAUGCCCAUCGUCACUCGCAACCCAAAGUUUAGAGACCAAUAACAAUAAUGUAACACGGCGUCGAUAUUCUUUGUUUGGCCUUUUGAUAGACCGCACACUAGGAUCAAACGCAAUUCAAAAGAAACGUUUACGAGAAACCGCAACAUGCAACCAAACUGAUUUGAUCAACAAGAUACCCAUUUGUAAUAGUGGAGAGAAACCGACAUUUUCCAACCAGUAUAAUGUUACAUUGAAAGGUUUUCAUGAGAGCCUCAACCUGAGCAGUCAAGGACCAUGGUCAAAUCUGAUCCAUCCAGGCAUCGAUCGUAUUGCAUUUAAUGACACAUCGAAUUGGUCCACAAACUCCGAGCGAAAAAGACUAAGCUCAAUCAGAGUUAGCUACGAUUCCAUUUACCAUUUGGAUGAACACCCAUCAUUCCAACGUGUCCAAACAUCCACUCCGUUGGACUCAUUUCCUUUGAAUCUUUCAAUAAGCGAAAAUUCCGUGGACGAUACACCGUUAAAUUUGGUGGUUAUUAAGCAAGUCCAAACAAGUUCGUUCCGUCAAAGACGAUUGUCAACACUGUUGGAUUUGCGGAGAAACAAACCUAUGAUUAUCCAGGAUCAACUUGACAUAGUUUCUCCUCAAUUGGCGCAGGAAGAAAGUCGUAGAUUCCCUCAGGCAGUAGAUUUCAGCGAUUGUGAACAUGCAGAAGAUUUCUCAGAUGACAACAUGGAUCCAGAUUGGUUGCCUGACGGGGAUGCUACGACAUUAAACGAUUUAUCAAUUUAUGAAUAUUUUGAGCAGUUUAAGAAUGAUCAUUUAUCUGAUAAUAAUUCUGAAGUUUCAUUGGCUAUAGAAGAAAAUGAGCAUAUCUUUCAGGCAGAUGUAGGAGAACCACAGGCAAAGAAAAGUAAAUCAUUUUCGCCAAAGGAAAACAGAAAACUCAAAGAAAAAGGACUCCAGUAUAUAAAAAGAGAUGGAACUCUUGUCCCAGCCAGGCAUGUUCAACCCCCAUGUGCUUGUAGGAUGAGGUGCAAUGAAAAAUUUUCUGAACCUGUCCGAAAAAAACUUUUGGCCAGCCUACUUGACCUGACAUACCCGGGACAAAAUCAGUUCUUAUCAAGCCACAUAACUGUAAUCAGUACAGUUCGUCCACAGGUUCUUAUUUCGCGGCGUACUUGGUCUCGGAUCUAUAAGCUCCCAGGAGUAGGAGGUGCGGUUAAGGUUUGCAAACGAAUGUUUGUGUCUACGUACGACCUCAAGGAACGUAAAACUCGCGUUCUUGCCGAUAAACUGGUCUCGGGUGCCGGGAUCGCUCGAGAUGACAUGCGGAAAGAUAAUACCUCGAGAAAGAAAAUUGAUCCCGAACAUGCUCAGUACAUAGUCAAGCACAUCAAAUCAUUCCCAGUUGAAGAAAGUCACUACAGUCGUGAAAAGUCAUCCUGUCUCUAUCUAUCUUCUGAUUUAACAAUACAUCGAAUGCACGAGCUGUAUCAGAACCAGUGCGGUGUAGAUAACAUUAUUCCAGUACAUUAUAACACAUACAGGCUUGCUUUUAAUUCGCUGAAUAUUAAAUUUCGAAAGCCUAAAGUUGACACAUGCAACACGUGUGAUAUGAUCAAAGUAGAGUUACAGGUGGAGAAGGACAUUGUUAAACGAGAGGAAAUACUUGUUCGAAAGGAAGCACAUCAGUUAGGAGCUGGACGCAUGUAUGAUGAGAAGAAACAAGAUAGACUGCAAGCGAACACUGAUCUAUCAGUACGGACAAUAUCUUUUGAUCUGCAAAAGCAAUUAGCCACACCCUAUUUGACUUGUGGUCGUUCUUUUUACAGCCGUCAGCUGUAUACAUAUAAUUUGACAAUCUUUGAAACUCAAGUGGGUAAGAAUAUACCACUUUGCUACAUAUGGGAUGAAACCCGAGCGAAAAGAGGAUCAAGAGAAAUCGGAUCGUGCUUGUGGGCAUACAUGAAAAAUUUACCAGUUUACGUUGAAAAGCUUAAUAUGUAUAGCGAUCGUUGCGCUGGACAAAAUAACAAUCGCAUCAUCUUAUUUCUGAUGAUUUUUAUGCUUCCUCAGCAGUUGCAGAUUGGCGGUAACCAAAACACGCGGGAUAAACCCUUCCACAAGCCUGCGGCCGACGGCAACACCCCGGCGUCAUAA